AUGGCUCCUUCACCGGAGUAUGAUAAGGAACCGAAAGCCCCUGAUAAACCUGUCGUAAAAAAAUCUUGUGACGAUACAAAAGUUCAAUAUAAUAACACUAAGGAUAACAUAAGCAUUUCGGAACAUCGGUCUACGACAGCGCCUGCCAACUGUGAUGUAGAGAACAAACACGUGGAGACCCUGGACGACGGACAAUUGCGCGCACUUCUGGAUGAAGCGAUCACAUACAAGUGUCCCAAAGAUCGUGAGGGAAAGAGCAGUCUGUUCAAGGAGCUGUUGGAGGAAGUGGAACAGGACGAGGAAGCGUGCGAAGCCGCCGCACUUGUGCGUCGCGGGGCGUGUGGGCGUCGCGAGCACCACGCCAGUCUACAGGACCUGGUGGCCGCAAUGGCCGCCGAACCCGCGCCACGUCGCCGCGCCCAGCAUCACGCCUCUAGCGUCUCUGCCAGAACUCAUCAUGGCGGCAGCUUACCUUCCGGCGUCGAUACAUCGUUCCUUCUGAGCGAGGAACCAGCCGGACGUGGUGGUUACUUGGCCACGGUGCGUUGCGUAAACCCACCACCGUUAGCUGAGCGACGUGUCUCCGCCAGCGACGCCAAUGCACCCAAUGAUAUUGAACUCGUGACGAGGCGGAGUAAAGCGAUGUUCCCGAUGACGUACACUGCGCGCGCGACCCUCGAGAUCGGCAGCGGAAGUGUGGGAUCGGGCCGCGCGGUCACCACCACCACCGCCUCCAACCAGGUGCGUACCACCACUCCCCGCAGCAUCAUGUUCCGACCGCCCAUCGCCGGACCGCCUCACAAGCUAUAUACAACAGACAAUCUCUUUAACCCCUAUUCCAAUCAAAACAAACUCAUGGACGCCCUCUGUAAACGCGAAGAAACCUGCGACAGUGGUGGUAACGCACCGAUGGAAUGCUAUAAAGAGGCUGAAACCGGUGGACAACAACUACCGCGCGGCUCCAACAUUCCAAACGGUUCUAAAAAAUCAACUAAAGACAGUAUUAAUCAAAGUGUCGAUACAGUGAGUCUGCAAUUAAAAAACAGUGUGAACAAGUGGUAUGAAAGCUUUGCUAGCUAUUACGAAACAAAUGAACCCACAAUUAGAGAUUUCGAGACCCAAUUACAUAUUGAUGAAACAGCAAUGCGCGGGCCACACGGUGAUACGUACAAUAAUGUUGUGAACAAAGCUGUAGAUAGUUAUAGAAAAAAUAAUAAAGGUACAAAACAGAAAAAGACAUCAACUAUAAGUAAAAAUACAAAUCUAGCUUCUAAUAUGAAAAGUAAAACUGAAAACAAAAACAGGGUACAUUUACGUGAUAAUAAUGAAAGUGAUAUUAGUCUAAGAAAUUUUUAUAGGGAGAGGGCGAAUAAACAGUUAGUUGCGCCGGAUGUAGCAAUGUUAGUAAACCCAAGAAAUGUUAGAAAUUUGACAAUAGGCACAUCUCGUUCCUUCGGAGAUCUAAAUGCACAAUGUUGUACUAAGGAAGAAUCGAACAUAGUAACUUCAAAGAGUCCAUCAUCUAAUCGGCAAUUCAAACAAAUAAUUCCCUCGGAUGUUACAAAUUGCAAAAGAAUCAAAAUUAAAAAAACACCUAAACACACGACAGAUAAAUCUAAUACAGAAGCUAAUGAGGUUUUAGCGACAAAAUCUUCAUCAUUUCCCAGCAGCAAUGAGUUAGAUGGUUCGAAAAUCAAUAUAGAUAAUUCGGAAACUUUUCAUUCCUUUCCCAAAUUUAAUAAGGAAAUAGAAGAGUUGCCCGCAACUUUAGAAAACAUAUCGCCGAUUACAACACAGAACCCUAAAGUCGACAAAGUAGAAGAAAUCUCGCUUACUAUUGAAGAAAUUUUAAUAUCUAAUUCUGUACAUGAAUACGGAAAUAGUGCACAACCUAUUGUUUUAAACGAUAUGGAGAAUGACACGGAUAAGACUAGAAUUUCCACUGGCGAUGUAACUCCUAGUAAUGAAGCCCCUAAUAUGACUGAUAUUGAAGAAAUAAAACGCGAUGAUAAAUUGGACGAAGGUAAUAAAGGUGAUAUUUUAGAAAGAUUGAUAAAAAAGUUGGAUAUCUCUGAAACAGAUUGUAACGAACACGUGCCUAGAAGUGAUGACGUUUCAUAUUUGGUAUUACAAGAUAAUCUGAUGAUACAGCUUAAAUCGGAAUACGAUGAUAAGCCGAUCAAUUUAGCUGAUCUUCCUAACAACUCCUACCUUUUUGUAACGAUCCCCGAAGAUCUUAUGCAAUCGUUUAACACGAAUAAUGAAUCCAUUACACUAACUGAAAUCGAAAACAACAAUAACACUGCGGAAACUAAAGAUAAUAAUAAGCCUACCGGUAAAAAAUCAAAGAAGAAAAAGCAAAGGAAAGAAAAACAGAAAACGAAUUCAAAAAACAGCGCCUCCGUUAAUCGUGUCGAUAAUUCAGGCAAAGACAAAUCCACUGUAUCUCCUAGCGAGCCGGAGGUUGAUUCCGCUAUUCCAUUUAGUUGCAUCACUACACCCGAGGUUGUGGCGAGUUGCAAUACGACGUCAACCACUCAGUCGAUGGUCACCGUCGACCCGAAGCCGUUGCAGUUGGAAUCGUGCUACCGCGCCGUGGCGAGUCUCACAGGCGGCGCGUGGCAUCCAGCCGGCGGACCUUCGAGCGACGCGCCCACAGCACCCCCGGACCCCGCGUGUGUCUCGCAGCUGGCCCGCAACGUGCUCACCACGACCACUUUCAGCGGGUUGCCACUCGCUCGUCCCAAUUAUGGCUCCACAGCUUGCUCCUCCACCGACGAGUACAAGGUGCCUAUACUCACUGUGCACUACCGUUUACAGAAAUCUCUAGACGAAAACGGCAAUGCGGUACACGGGUUCAGUUCGCCCGUAUCGGGCUCUAGUCAACAUAAGAAACCGAGGCGGAAAAAGUCGUCGAAAAACGAGACCGUUAUCAAGUCGCACCAGAUCGACGGUUACCAAGGCAACAAGGACCUCAACGAAGUGUUGCGCUUCAUCGAGUCCAACGCGGAGGGAGGGCGCGGCCCCAAAAUGCGGGCGAAGCACAAAGACGACGCGGACGACAAAGGGAAGAAGCGCUGCUCCGAGCGCCGCAAGGACAAGGAGAACAAAAUAAAGCGCGCUUCUUCCCUCGAAGAGCUCUCCCGCACCAAGCUGGAGGACCUAACGGACAAGCCGGCGGCACGUCACUGGCCGACCGCCCCGCCUGCGAAGCCUGAGCGCCGCUCCUGGGGAGACGACGCCCGCGCCGCGCUUCUGUCCGACGAGACUGAGCUUACUGACUUCCAAACGGUGACCAAACGUCGCAAGGCCCGACGCCGCACCGACGAACACGACCCCAGCGGCGACGCGAGAACGCCUCGCACUCUGCCGUCGCGCCGACUCUCGCCCUCCGAACGUAGUAACGACUCUAACGACGAUAUGGACUCUGUGCAUUCGCUGCCCGCCGACGCGCCGCAGAGCCGCAGUAAAACCACGCCCAGUGCCGCGACGCCGGCGGCGCCCCUUCCACCCACUUCUGCUGCGGUGCACGCCUCGUAUGCGGACAUCGCCCGCACGCGUCAUAACAUUCCCGAUCUGAUCGAAUCCUGCAACUUUUACUCCGAAGGCGAAAGUGAACUCAAGGACCAAGAGGUGCCCAAGGCCCAGGCGGCAGCGCUCACCACGGAAAGCAUGGAGGGCUACCCGGCGCUGAACGCGAGGAAGCCGCGGGAUAAGCCUAUCCAAUCUUUGGUCAGGAGCCAGCGCAAGGAACGCGCGGAACCGCGGGCAAUGGAGCCCGCGCCCGACGUGGUGGGCGAUCGGCGGCCACCUGUUAUUCUAUUGGACUCCGCUGCGCGACCGGGAGAUAUGGACGGGGUGACCUUCGGCUUUGACAUCAAUGAACAGCUCCUGACGGGUGGGGUGAGACGUGUGCGUUGCGACCUCUUACGUGACGCACCAGAGGAGGGCGUUACUGUGCUAGCGGGAUACACUGCUCUACGCUUCGUGCCCCCGCCCCCGCCGCGGGACCCCACGCACCUACAUCAGAUCAUAGACUAUGUGGGCUCAGCCUGGGAAGACACGGUCCGCUGCGAGAGUGGUAAAGUGCGCUACUUUAGCGAAUAA